UCAAUUCAUUCCUGUCCGCAGCAGACAACAAUUGAGAUUGUAAGAUGGCGGCGUUUGUCGGAUUCUCGCGCGUGCUGACCGGAGUCGCGAAUAAUUGUAUGAAAAGGAUUGGCCCAGGGCUUUUAAACAACGUCAACUCAUCAGGUGUUAGGUUAUGGCAAACUCCGGCGGCUGCGUUACGCUUGAAAGCCUUGUACAAUCCUAAAAGAGCCGUUCCGUCGCAUCAAGAAGAAGUAAAAGACACCACGGAAGAAGACGAGAAAAUUACACUCGAUGUUAUAGAAAAAGUCAACUCGAUGGUAUCCACUGCGUCAACAGGACGUCUGUUUGCCAUAGUCCAUGUCUGCGGCAAGCAAUUUAAGGUGACUGAAAAUGAUGUCAUUAUCAUACAGGGUCGCUGGCCUCCAAAUGUCGGGGAUAAGUUGACAUUGGAAAAAGUCCUCCUUGUUGGCAGUUCGGAUUUUACAUUAAUCGGAAGACCUCUUCUCAAUAGGGAAAGCGUAUCCAUUGAUGCAACUGUUAUUGAAAAGUCUCUUUCUCACACCAAAACUCACUUCAAGAAAAAGAGAAGGAAACAGUACAUGAGAAUCAACUUUAUCAGAACAGAGCACACAAUGUUGAGGAUAAAUUCUAUCAACAUCAAAGGGAAGUUGAACGAGAGAAAAGAAUUUGAAGGAUUGGAUAGAAUAUUCUAAGUCCAUAUUGUACCAAACUCAAAUGAAAUUAUUCAGUUUUUAACAUUGCAAAUGCAUAAAGAUACGUGUUUAGUUUCAUUUAAUAAUAAAGUACACUGUGUCCAAAAUAACAGA